CUACCCAAUUACUUCUACAAAAGCCCUUCCUCUCCUUCCUUACUCUCCUUCCUUCCUCUCUCUCUCUCUCUCUCUCUCCCGCAAAACACAGUGACAAUGGAUCAACAUGAGCAAACUCAAAUGGAACGAGCCAAGUCGUCACAGCUAUGGGACUGCGGGAGCACCCUCUACGACUCCUUCGAGCUCCGAUCCUUCAAGCGCACCCUUGACUCCGCCAUCGUCUCCCGCACUCUCUCCAUGCCUCACCUCCCUGGCCGCCGCCUCGAGCCGCCCGGUCCACCGCGGCCGCAGCCACUGUCUGCUCCGCUGCUGCCGCCGCCGCCUCCCAAGAGAGGCUCCAAGAUCUCGCGCUCGCUCCAGAAGCUCCUCCGGUCCGUCUUCAAGCCUAGCAAGCCCAUCUUCGGGGUCGAACGACGUGAAGCCCACAAGGGCAACUUCCUCUUCUUCUACGACAAGUCCGGCGCUCUCUCGACGAUCCCGGAGGUCCCGGAGAGUGAGUGUUUCGCAGCGUUGUCACCGGAGGUGAGCUCGUUCGUGCAGAGAACAGCGUCGGAGAGAUUCGCGGCGGCUCCAGUCGGUAUUUCUUGUGCUUAAUUAGUUUUCGUGAGGAGAUGAUCUAGUGAAACAAGUGCCUACUGGUUUGAGAACUUGAGAUGUGUACAUUCUAUAGGUUAAGUCAAUUUAUCGAGUCGUGAUCCAAAAUUUCGUCCA